UGCUGUGGUCUCUCCUGUCACUUGCCCGCUGGAAUUUUUAUACGGAAAAGGGGAGACUGAGCUCAGUGGCUGGUGGUGGCCAGGGGACUCGGGCCUGCACCCUUCUCCCCGGUAUAAGGCCAGGCUUCCUUUGGUAUUUGCUGCAACCUCCUCCCGGAUAGAAGAUUUUGAUUGGAUGAUACCAUUUAGACAUGCAAUGAUACCAUCACUAAACAGCUCUGAAUAUCUUGUACAACUGAUUUCUGCAGGGAUCACAUUUUUCCUGAGUGGCCUUCUGUUUGUCCCCGUUGUUGGAUCCAUAGUAUGGGACUACUCUGUCACAGUGACCCUUGUUCAUGUCAUCACCUGUUGUGCAGUUACUCAACAAGUUCCUGUCAUAUGGCAAUGGUGGCUGCAAAUAGGCUGUGGAUUGCUUCUUAUGAUAUUAUCCGGCCAAACUCUUGCAUACGUCACAUUCAGAAGCUCCUUUCAAUGACAACGAUCAUCUAAUACUUGAAAACAGGCAAUAUUGUUUCAAUUAAAAAAUAAAGUAUGAAAACAUUGAGGUAAAAUGCAAAACAUGACUGUGUACCUAGAAAAGCAACAUUUCUUUUUUUACUUAUUUGUAAAGAAAACCAGUGUAGAGAUAUGCAUUAA